AUUCGUUCUUAUUAAAUUUAGUUUACUCUAAAUUUGUAUCUGAAAUAAGAUAUUUAUCCAUUUCAUUUUGCAGUUCUCUUGGUUCAAAUCUCCAGACCAGUACCAAUACAUGGGAAAACCUCUUUGAGACUCUAAUUUCUAUUAUCGGCUUGCUACUUUUUCUAUAUCUUAUUGGAAAUUUGCAGAUGUAUAUGCAGACGGAUGCUGCAGUAUUAGAGUCGAACAGACACAAGAGGAAAAUCAAAAGGGCUGUGGAAAAGAAAGGUCGAGAGUUAGACUUGUGGUUAUUGAAAAAUGGCAUCCCUAGUAGAAGAAAAAAUGAGAUGAUGGAAAGGGUACAGCAAGAGCUUGCCGAAAGGAGAAAUGUUGAUGUGGAAAACAUUCUCUCUAUUCUUCCUGAGGAACUUCAGAGCUAUAUCAAAAAUUUGUUGCCAUUGGCUAGGCUAAAGAAAGUACCACUGCUUCAAACUAUGGAUGAAGAAGUAUUGAAAGAAAUCAGUGAGUAUCUUGAACCCAAAAAAUUUGAGAUUACUGGGCGGGAAUAUCUUUCUAGAGAUGGGGAACCACUAGAAAAGAUGAUAUUCAUAGUUGAGCGAGAUCUUGGCGUUGAAAGAAGAAAUGUUGCCGGUCGUGACCUUUUAUACCCGGGAGACUUCUAUGGAGCAGAACUUUUGGAGUGGGUAUCAGUAUCAAAUACCUCUUUCCCGUCACAUUACCCUUAUCCAUAGACUAUUCUUAUUGUUAAGAGUAUAGUACAGAAUCAAGGUAAUAAGGAUUGCAGAUUGUCUACACGUGUUGAGUAUCUGAUGGAGAGAAAGAAAGUUAGUUGGUUAGUAACUGGUUACUAUAAGUAGUGGUUAAGUGCAAUUAGAAAUGUUAAGCAAUUAGGUCCUUUUGUAACAA